AUGCUUCGUGCUCUUGAAGGAAAAUUUGGUAUCGUCACCGGCGGUUCGCGCGGAAUCGGCGAAGCCAUUGCGCGCAACCUCGCCGAAAAAGGCUGCUCGCUGCUCCUCAACUUCACCUCGGAGUCGUCGCGCGCCCGCACCGAGGACCUCUGCGCCUCGCUCGCAAAGGACCACUCGGUUCGGUGCGUCAGCGUGCAAGCGGACCUGAACCAGCCCGAGGCCGGGACAUCGACGAUCCUGUCCGCGGCCAAGCAGCACUUCAGCCCAGCCGACGGAGGCGACCUUCGCAUCGACAUCCUCAUCAACAACGCCGGCGUCUCUGCCGACCGUCUCCUCAACGACCCUGUCAACGGCCCCAUCGACCCCGCCUACUUCACCUGGCACUACAACGUCAACGUCCUGGCCCCGCUCCUCCUCACGCAAGCCGUUGCUCCGUACCUCCCCCGCGGCGCCCCCCGCACCGGCCGCAUCGUCAACAUCUCCUCCGUGUCCUCGAGUCUCGGGUUCGCCGGCCAGACCGUCUACGGCGGCACCAAGGCCGCGCUGGAGGCCAUGACGCGCACCUGGGCGCGUGAACUGGCUGACCGCGCCACCGUCAAUGCGAUCAAUCCUGGCCCGGUCAUCGGGGACAUGUAUUUCCUGACGGGUGAGGGCUUCUGGAACCAGAUCCAGGGGUUCCAGGAUAAUACGCCGCUAAGUGAGCUGGUGGACGGCGACCCGCAGUUGGAGUCGUUGACGCCGGAGCAGAUUCGUCUGGUGAAGGAGAAGAUGGGGGGCAGGAGACCCGCGUUUACGGGGGAGGUGGCCGGCGUGGUGGGUAUGUUGUGUACGAAGGAUGGAGGCUGGACUACGGGGAGUGUGGUGUGUGCGAAUGGAGGGAUGCGGAUGGGGUGUUAG